AUGGGAAAGGGAAGGAGGGCGCCCGCCAGGCUAGGCACCCGCGCCUUCGCGGUCGCGUCCUUCCCUGUGCAGCUCAGGCGGGGCGGACCUGUGCGGGCGGGCGUGUGGGAGGGGCGAGUGGCGGCCGCGGGACCAGGCUGCUGUCUGGUGCCGGCUCGCAUACUUGGCCAGAAAAAAAAGGCGGGGGAGGAGUUCUGUGGUCCAAACCCCGCGAGCACUGCCCGCCUCACAAAAGCGAAAAAAGUUGACGCGCUCAGUGGAUUGCUCUGCGCCUGGUCCCCGCGAAGCAGAGGUGUCUGUCUGUCCAUGCUCCCUGAUAGCCAGGGUAAGAGAGUGAGCCGCACUGCCUGGUCGCGUGGUUCAGGGCUCUUGCCCCACCCUUCCACGGGGGACACGAAGCUCCAGUCACAUCUGUCAGUAUCCAGGUCUCAGGAAGGAACCAGGGCAAAGCCUCGGAACUCACUGAGCAAUCUUUUUCAGAUGCUGAGACUGUUGGCUCUACUGAGCUGUCUGGGGACCAAGCAGUUGACUGAUGCUGCUUCUCUUUGCUACACCUACACUGUUAACGUUUCAGAGUCUGGACUGUCCCACAAAAUCCAAGGACAACUGGAUGAAAAGACUUUUAUUUUAUGUUACCAUACCUACUGCCGUGCCAUUGGUGGUCUGGGGGAAACACUAAAAGCCAUACAGUCCUGGGAAAAACAGGUUAACACUCUGAAAGACGGAAUUGACCUGGUCACUGGCCAAGCACUUCACAUGAAGCACGAGACUGAUACAGUCAGAGUGCCCUUCUCUCUGCAGGUCAAGAAAUGCUGUUGGCAUGAAGCAAAUGGAAAUUUCAAUGCAUCCUGUGCCUUAUACCUCAAUGGACAGAAAGUGCUGGAUCUUCACCGAAGCACUGGAAACUGGACUGAAGUUGAUCCUGGAUCCAUGCAGAUAAAAGAGAAGUUGGAGAAAAACAAGGAUUUAAGAGACUUCUUAAACAAGACCUCAGAGGGGGAUUGCAGGGACUAUCUUAAGAAGAUAAUCCCUAAGUUAGACUUGGAAAAAAAACUGGAGCCUACAGUUCUGGUCAAAGACACAGCUGGUAUUUUCACAUCAGCCUCACCAACCAUUGCUCCAGAUGUGGACCAGUCUUCAUCCAUGACCAUGAAGCCCAAUGCCUUUGCCUUGCUGUUCACCUUAGCCCUCCUGUUUCUCUUAAACUAUCUGCAAUGACAGGUUGAAGAUGCUACAGAGAAGUCAUGAGAGUUCUUCUGGUUCCACCACUCUCCCUUUCCAUCAGCCUCCACCAGAUGAAUCAGGAUGCUGCUGACACAACAUUUCAUGGUCUAUCAUGCUGUGCUAAUUGCUUAGAAUCUUUUCUUAUCACCUUGUACUGUUUCUCUUGGUGCUCCUUAGUGGGAAUUGCCCUCAUUGUAGAACUACUUUUACUAGAGAUCUGGAAAGAAGUGGUUAUUAUCGAUCCCUAGCAUAGGAAACAGGAUAAUUGGAUCUCCUUAGUGGGAAUGUGAAGUUUUUACUCUUGCAUAUAUAACUGGCAAUAAUCAUAUAUCUCAGAUAUCAAAAGGAAACCUUUAACAACUAAUCAUAGAAAACAGAAGUUGAGGACCAGUUGUUUAGUAGAAAUCACUGGUAACUGUACCAGGGCACACCUGACUCCAUGAUGGAAGCUCCAUCCAGGCUGUAAAACUCAGCAUAUAGAAAGCACUACCUGCCACAACUCAAAUAAAGGCCUAGUCCAUCCAAGUCUCUGAAUGGAUUAACCUUGCUUUAGGCUUCUGUCCUUCCACUUCUACCAGUUCUUCUGUUAACUGAAGUAUGUCCAUCCAUAGCAUGGUUUUUGUGCUUAAAAGCUCUACCUGAGAAAGGCUCAGUGCUACACUGGGACCCUAAACACCCAGUGUAGUUGAUGAUCAACUAAUAAAGAGUUUCUCCUGACUUAAA